CUGCUGGUGCUGCUGGUGCUGCUGGGCGGCCUCUGCCUGGGCAGGUGGCUCCUCUACAUACUGAUCACCAACUGGUGCCGGAGGCGACUCCAAGCCGAGUUGAAGAUCCAGUCCUUCUGGGUGUUUGGGAUCCAAAACCUCAGCCUGAAGUUUCCAGAGGAGCAGCAGACGGUGGACGACGCCUGCCUGGCCGAGCUCUCCCUGGCCCUCUCCGUCUCGCUGGACGUCAGCCUGGGCAAGCAGCAGCUGGAGAGCGUGGCCCUGGGGGUCUGGAGCCUCCAGGCCGAGCUGCACGAGGGGCUUUUCCACAGCGAGCUGCUGCAACGCAUGGGCGGCAGUCCCCGGAGGGGGGCAGAUUCCCCGAAGGCUCUGGCCGGCCUGAAGUACGUCCCCUCUCGGUUGAAGGUGGACCUGGAGACCACCAGCCUGGUCCUCUCCAUGAACAGCCAGAAGAGGCACCUCACCUGGACCCUCAAGCGGCUGCAUUUCGCCCACCAGUGUGAUGAGGAGCAGAUCCCCCUCCGGAGCUUCACCCCCACCUGUGACCUGCCCCAGAUGAGCCUCGAGCUGGUGCUGGAAGACGGGCUGCUGCUGUCGCAAAGCCGCCAACGCAUCGUGUGCCUCAACCUGUUGAAGGCCAGCCUGCAGGUCAUGGCCAUCGACAUCUCGGUGGCCGUCAUGGUCAGCACCUGCCUCGUCCACUACCGGCACCAGGAGUUCUCCCACUGGCUGGGCCUGCUGGCCUCGGCGGAGCAGAGCCCCGGGUGGCCCCUCUCGGCCGGGGGGCCCGGCAGCAGGAUGCCACAGAUCCUGGCCACCAUCAUCCUCAGCGCUUCGGUCUCCAACGUCAACCUCUCGGUCCAGCUGGGAGACACACCGCCGUUCGCCCUGGGCUUCAACUCCAUCUCCGUGGAUUACCAGCACCUGCGUCCUCAGAGCGUCCACCAGCGGGCUGUGCUGGCCGUUGACCACUUCUGCUGGCGGGUGGGGGCGGACUCGCACAUCCAGAGGGCCCCCCACCCCCCGAACAUGCAUGUCUGGGGAGAAGCUUUCAUCCUGGACUCCUUCAACCUGCAGGGCAGCUACAACCAGCCUCUGGGGACGUCCAGCACCCAUGCGGACACCCUCUUCCUGGAUUGCACCUUGCGUGGGCUGCAACUGGAAUCCUCGGACGCCUGCGCCGACUGCCUUUCCCGGCUGCUGCUGCUCUUGCAGCCUCAGGAGCCUCUCCCCCCGGGGCCCCCGGAGGAGCUGCCCCCCACCCUGGGGGAGGAAUUCGGGGUGCUUUGGAAGGUGGACCUGAAGGUGGAGGACGUCAACCUCUUUACGCUGUCCAGCUUGGCAGGGGCCACAGAGCUUCGGGUGGACACCUUGACCACGCUGGGCAGUGCCGAGAGCUGCACCAUCAGCAUCCAGGGGGUGGCGCUGUCCCUGGUCAAGAGCCUGGCGGAGAAGAUGCAGCCCUGUUGCAAAGCCCCCGCCAUCCCCAGCCCCGUGGCUGGGCUGGCCGCCGUCUGCCUCACCUACCGCAGCAGCAUCCGCUCUCUGGAGGUGCAAUGCGGGGAGAACCUGACGCUGCUCUGGAGCCCAGCCACCCACAUGUACCUCUUCGAGCAUUUGCUGGCCACCCGCCGCUGCUUUGAGACGCUGCAGAGCUUGCUGUCGCCCCCCAAGCCCCCCUCGGCUGCCCUUCCCCAGCAGGCCCCCGAAGGCCGGCCCCCCGCCCAGGACGGGGCCCCCUUCUCCGAGGGCUCGGCCCCCCAGAGGCUGCUGGGGCUGACCCUGGAGCUCAGCUCCCUGAAGGUGACGGCCUUCGUGUCGGAGAGCCGCUACCUGAGCCUGGUGGCCGAGCGGGUUAUGCUCAGCCGGCACGGGCCCUCCCUCCACGCCUACUGCCCCGGACUGGUGGCCAGCUUUGACGGCAACAGCAUCCUGGUCCUGAAGGAGGUGGAGCUGCAGGCCCAGCCGGAGCUGGAGGAGAUGAUCCUGCACCGUGGCCCCUUCCCCUCCCUCUGCACGCUGCGCAACCGUGUCUGGGCCCUCUCCUGCGCCGGCGUGGCGGUGGAGUUCCCCUACCAGUACGACUUCUCGGCCACCUUAGACGAGGCGCUGGGCGUGCAGAAGUGGCUGAGGGGGCUCCACGGGGGGAAGGCGGCUGCCGACAGGACCCCCUCCCACCCCUUGCCCCCCGACCUGCUGCUGAAGGUCCAGCACUUCUCCUGGGUCUUCCUGGACGACGUCUUCGAGGUGAAGCUGCGCGACAACUACGAGCUGAUGAAGGACGAGAGCAAGGAGAGCGCCAAGCGGCUGCACCUGCUGGAUGCCAAGGUGGCCGCCCUGCGCAAGCAGCACGGGGAGCUGCUGCCCGCCCGGAAGAUCGAGGAGCUCUACGCCUCCCUGGAGAAGAAGAACAUCGAGAUCUAUCUGCAGCGCUCCCACCGGCUCUACGCCAACACGCCCAUGCGCAAGGCGCUGAUCACCUGGACCAUGGGCGGCUUGGAGCUGGUGGCCCUGGCGGACGAGGCCUUCUCCGGGGCCGAGCGGGUGCUGCAGCAGAUCCGGCACAUGGACGCCGCCAGCCCCUUCCCCCCCGAGGGCCUGGAGCUCCUCACCCACUGGUGCCGCAUGAUCAAGGGCAGCGUCAAGACCUUCUUCGGUGAGUGCGUGGCGGGACUCCACGGCCUGCGGGGCCCCCGCCUGUCAACCCCCCCUGGGCCUUCGCGGGUCGAGGAAGUGGGCAAUUGGAUGUUCUGCUUGUGGCUCAUUGGCUGA